ACGUGAGUCAUCAGCGAGCGCCGCGGCUCGCGCCGGAAAGGAUGGAGAUUUUAACAGGGGAUCCCAUUACCACAUGCCUUUCUCCUUUGGUGCAUGACAUGAUUUGUAACGUUGGGUUUGAACUCAGAGAAAUUUGUGAUAUCAAUAGCAUUGUAACUCAAAAUGGUGAAGUAUGCUGGAAAGCAAUUACGGACUGUGUGAGCUAUGCAGAGUCAGGGCAGAGCCUGGACUACAGAACUAGUGUACAGCGGUUGGGUCCUGUGUGUGAGGCUAUCCAUCUACAUAUCUUAUCUCUGACCAGGGUACAGUUUGAAAUUCAGUAUUCACCAUGGUUCCAGUGGACAACUAAUCUGGAGUUGUUUCUUGAAAUAUUUGAUGCCUUGGAAAGCUUGCAGUCUGCUGCCAUCUCCCUCAGUGUGAUGAAACUGGCUUCCUGUCUGGAACGAGCCUUAGGUGAUGUAUUUUUACUGAUUGGGAGAGAGUGCCCCUUUCUUCUAAGAGAUCUUAUUGCAUCUGCAGAGCUUGCACAAGUCUUUGGACAUGCCGUGAUGGACGUACUGAAAGUCUUCAUGGGAUCUCCCCAAGGACUCAACCUGAGAAAUGUCUUGUGGCAUGGCUUUGCUUCCCCUCAAGACAUCCCUCCAAAAUACUGUUCAGCCAUGUUGUUGUUGACAGCAGGACUGGGCCAGUUACUGAAGAGUUACCUUCAUCAAGCAAACGUCACACUGGCACAUCGGCCUUUUGUGGCUCUCACAAACUUGGAGGAUGUGACUCUUUUUCCUGGUGUUACUUCUGAGGUGCUCUCAGCAUUAGAGACAGUGAUGAUGAAAUCCACCUUUUUAUUAAAAAUCAUGUUACCAUAUUGGGAAAUGGCAGUGACCAAAUUCAAAUUGCACAGGUUUGCCGACUGCACCAUGCUGUUGCUGUCACAGCUAGAAGCUGGGCUCAGGAGAGUUUUUGCUGCAGUUAACAAAUGUCCUGAUAGACUGCUCACGGCUGAGUCAACAAUUCUAUACACCACAUUUGAUGAAAUACUAGCAAAAUACUUGAAUGAUGGUAGCAUCAACCAGCUUCCUCAUUUCCUUGGAGAGCCUACCAUGGAAUUCUUGUGGGAUUUCCUGAACUAUCAGGAGGGUCCUCGUAUCCGGGAUCGGUUAAGCCAUGGGGAAAUCAACUUAUGUGAAUUUCCAGAAGAAGCAGCAAGCCAGCUACUUACAUUCUCCCUGGUACUUUUGCUCAGAUUCACUGAGGAAGACACACUGUCAGAGCUGAAGGAGGAAGCAGCAAUACACUUGCGGGUUAGUCUUGCAGAAGGCUACACGUCCCGCUGCCACCCAGCCUUCCAGCUUCAAAAGCAGGUGCUGACCUGUGAAAAAAGCCUCAGGAUGUGGCCUGUUCUAUCUUUGCCAGAAGAGCCUUUUCAGGAAGCAGACAGAUUGGAAGGUAAUUCUGAAGCAUGUGCCUGCAAGUCUUUAAUUAGCAAGAUUUUGAAUGAGCUCUACAACCACAUGCCUGGGAGUGCCUGCACUUUAAAUGACUUGGAUGGUCUUUCCCAAGAGAAGUGGCCCCAGCUGCUCGGUGGACUCUGUAGCUCACGCAUUCGUACCUUGUUCUGCCCCAGAGUCGUUCUAGAGGUUCUGGUUGUGCUCCGAGGCAUCAGCUCCCAAUGCCAGCGUGCAUCCGACCAGGUCACUGCCUCUUUGCAGCUGAGACACAGGCAGUGGGUGGAGCGUAGGCUGCGCUCAAGGCAGCGGCAGAACUAUCUGCGCAUGCUCAGCAGUGUUGGCCUUUUGUCCCCUGUGAUCUUCCUGAUUUUGUUGCUCCUUGCACUGGAGUUGGUCAGUGUUCACACUGUUCAUAGUAAGAGUAUCCAGGAACGCCAGCAGUAUCUGAGGUUCUUAAAAUUGAUCCUCCAGUACACUGAGAACCUAGUGGUCUAUACCAGCCAAGAGAAGAACAAAUGGAAUGAAACCAUCAAUCUUACACAUGCAGUUUUGUUGAAAAUUUGGACUUUCAGUGAGAAGAAACAAAUGUUAAUGCAUUUAGCCAAAAAAUCCACAAAUAAAGUUGGUGAAAGUUGA